AUGCGAACUACCAAAGCAAGUGCUCCGGGCAAAGCACUGUUGGUAGGUGGCUACCUUGUCCUGGAACGUCGAAACGCUGGUCUGGUGAUAGCUACUGAUAAGAGAUUCUACGCGACUGUACGCGAUGAUCCGACCUUAAACGAAGAAGCAAAUAUCAUAGUUGAGAGCCCUCAAUUUCAUAGCACUUGGAAAUACAAAUACACAAAUGAUACACUGCUUCCGUGUGUGGAAAAUGCCACCAUUAACGAUUUUGUGGAAAAAACGCUACGAGUAUGCUUAAUGUAUUUGCAGCCGAGUGCACCUAUCAAUCUGAAAAUUAUCAUUCAAGCCGACAAUGAAUUUUACAGUUUGUUACCACAUUUGGAGGCACAAUCGUUGGAACGAACUCCUCAAGCUGUCCAAACGUUGGAACCAUUCCUGCCGUGCCCAAAAGAUAAGGAUGGAAAAGCGAUCAUCAAUAAGACUGGAUUAGGAUCAUCCGCAGCGCUUGUUACUAGUUUGGUGGGAGCUCUAGUCCACCACUUUCCACCAAAAAUAUUUGACAUACAGCAUCAAGAGGAACCAAAAGAGAAAAUUGGUGGCAACGAAACAUAUAAUGACGAUGCGAACGAAAACGUGGAUAUCACCGAGUCUAUUCAUAACUUGGCACAAAUCUCGCACUGCUAUGCUCAAGGAAAGGUUGGGUCUGGAUUUGAUGUAUCCGCAGCUUGUCACGGUACCCAUGUUUAUCGAAGGUUUCCAAUAUGCUUGUUACCAGACUUGUUGCAGCAGCUGGACGUGUUGGAUAGUCAUAGUGACAGUACCAAAGAAGCCUUGCACAAUAUUGUUGAAACCACGCCAUGGGCGGAGAACAUGGUGCGACCACCACGAGAUUUGCCAUCGCCGCUUCAAAUCGUUCUGGCCGAUAUUCGUGGUGGAUCGGAAUCACCAGGUAUGGCGAAAAAGGUGCAAGCAUGGAAACAAAAACAAUACAUGAAAAAUCCGACGGGAAAAAUUACACAUUGGGAUGAUUUGAAGGCACUGAAUGCCCAGGCCAUUGCCCUCUUCCAAAAGAUGCAGGCAGUCAGUGGUUCAGGUGACCACAACACUACUGAAUACGAUACCCUGGCAACGCAAGUGGCAUCAGAGUGGCCCAAAGAUUCAACACUGGCUGAGCUGAGUGCAACGUUUGCAGAAAUUCGAACGCACAUGAAGGAAAUGGGAAAAGCCGCCAAUGUACCAAUUGAGCCAGACGAACAAACAGACUUGUGCAAUGCAACAAUGAAAGUUCCUGGAGUUGUGACAGCGCUCGUUCCAGGUGCUGGUGGAUAUGAUGCCAUAGCAUGUGUCUACAUUAAUCGACCCCAUGUCUUGGAAAGUAUUGGAGUUGUCUGGGCGAACUACGAGGACAAGAUUGUUUGCCCAUUGGGUUUGAAAGCCUCCGAUUGUGGUUUCCGAUUAGACGAGAAAUUAGAAUAA